CUGUGCCCCACCCCUCAGUCAAGGGGCUUUUGAGGUGUCUGGAGUGAGAGAGGACAGCAGAUGGGUGGGUACAAAGAGUCAUUCAAUCCUGCGGUCCGCGCACGUAGUUAACAGCGUGAUGCCGAGCCAUGCUGGAGCCUGGGGGAAAAGGAAGACUCGACAUCCACGACAGUGAUGGGAGUUCCAGCAGCAGCCAUCAGAACCCCAAGAGCACAGCCAAGUGGGCGGCCUCUCUGGAGAAUCUGCUCGAAGACCCGGAAGGCGUGAAGAGAUUUCGGAUGCAGGAAAAGGCCAAGGAGAUCUACAUGACCUUCCUGUCCAGCAAGGCCUCGUCACAAGUCAACGUCGAGGGGCAGUCCCGGCUCAACGAGAAGAUCCUGGAAGAACCGCACCCCCUGAUGUUCCAGAAGCUCCAGGACCAGAUCUUCAACCUCAUGAAGUACGACAGCUACAGCCGCUUCUUGAAGUCUGACUUGUUUUUAAAGCACAAGCGAACCGAGGAAGAGGAGGAGGAGCCGCCCGACACGCAGACGGCAGCGAAAAGAGCGUCGAGAACUUAUAACACAUGAGCCCCCCCCUCCCCGCACCCCCCGCCCAGCGGUCGGCACUGGCAGCCCCCCGGCGCCAAGGAACUCACUCGGGACCAUGCAGGGUUAAGAAUCGCUUUGUUAUCUGCAAGGACUGAAAUGUACAAAACCCGUCCAUGGGAUACGUGUAUUUUAUUAGCUGCCUGACCAGUCAGUCUUGCAUGAUGGCUAAUCUUAUGUAGAGAACACACCUGUUGCUUUGAAGUUUAAGUUCACAGACACACACGGGUGGAAGGAGCCCUUAAACACUGGACGCUGAGCAUUUUACAGUUUGAUUAAACGUCACGCGAGGCCGCCAGGUGACACGUACAGCCA